UGUGGUUCACGGUCAGCAACUCACUAAAUGCAAUGGCCAAUGGACCACAUAAGCAACCAAAAGAGUGGCAGAAGACAUGGAGAGACUGGAAGUCAAAUGUCUUGAAGAAAUGUGCCAGAAAUAAGAGCUACGCUGCUGGUACUGGCGGAGGACCGCCGAAAAUUAUUAAUCUUACAGACAUGGAAGAAAAUUUACUUGAAGUAAUCGAUUAGGAGUCUGCCGGCUUGAAGAAUAUCCCCGAAGGAGAGAAUUUUCAACGAGUCGCAAGGGAUAUAUGUAUCUUCGAGGAAUAAGGUCCCAGAAGGAGGAUUUUUUAAUAGAUUAAGUUCGGUAGGAUCGUCAAAAAGAACUGCAGAAGGUCAUCCAAUGGGACUUGCUGCUCACUCGGUUGAAAAUAAGAGGAUACGUACUUCAGUGGCUCUGCAUAACCGAAGCCCUGAAGUGAAGAAUUUUGUCUGUGAGCCAUUGACAUCCCUAAUUGGGUCACAAUCUAAUGAAAUAGAUGACCCGUAUGAGUUACAUUUUAUGGCAAUAGAGGAGGAAAGUAUCAGUAGUUUAAAGGAAAGUAAUAUAGAAGACGACAUCGUCGAAAGAGAAGUGAUUGUACUGUUAUGCCCUUCUAUCAUAAAACUAUCCUUAAUCCCAAAAAUAUACAAACCCUUGUUCACUGCAUUUUUAAAAUAGGAAUUUCCCAAUUACACAAAAAACCCUCCCUUCCUAUUCCUCUUUCCCGUUAGACUAAGUUUACCUUAUUAGAAAACAUAACGUCUAAGUUUAGUUUUAGUCGUGAGUUUGUAAGAGAAGGUCCUCUAGAGAAAUAAAGCAAAAGAUUGUCUGCUCUUCACUGAUUCUUUAAUUAACAAAAUCCGUUCGUGA